CCUAAUUAACAAGACUCAGGUAGAAAGAGAAGUGCCAAAAGGCAAGAAGAAAAGAGAAGCGAACCAGUUCUGGAUGCAAUAUAAUGUAUACCAAAUCUUUAUCUCUAGAUUCUAUAGGGAUAGAACUCGAUUGGAUAUUAUUUCUUAUAAAUCCUAUUAUUUAUAGAUAUUUGCAUAACUUUCCUAUAGAUGCAUGGAUAUGUGGAAAUAGGCAGAACAAUGGUGCUUCAUAAUGACCUACAUAGUUGGAUGGGAGAACAUUUAUGACUAUAGCCAUUGGAAAGUCCUCCAAACAGCCUCAAGGUCUGUUUGACAGCAUGGAUGACUGGCUAAGAAGAGACCGUUUUGUAUUUGUGGGUUGGUCUGGUCUUUUGUUAUUUCCUUGUGCAUACUUUGCAUUGGGUGGUUGGUUCACAGGAACUACCUUUGUAACUUCCUGGUAUACCCACGGUCUAGCUAGUUCUUAUCUAGAAGGUUGCAAUUUCCUAACUGCUGCUGUUUCCACUCCUGCUAACAGUUUGGCACAUUCUUUAUUGUUGCUAUGGGGACCUGAAGCUCAAGGAGACUUCACCCGUUGGUGCCAACUAGGUGGUUUGUGGACUUUUGUAGCAUUUCAUGGUGCUUUUGCUCUAAUCGGAUUUAUGUUGCGUCAGUUUGAAAUUGCUAGAUCUGUAGGAUUACGUCCUUACAACGCAAUUGCAUUUACUGGCCCAAUCUCUAUUUUCGUAUCCGUAUUCUUAAUCUAUCCUUUAGGACAAGCAGGAUGGUUUUUUGCACCUAGUUUUGGUGUAGCAGCUAUCUUUAGAUUUAUCUUGUUCUUCCAAGGAUUCCAUAACUGGACUCUAAACCCAUUCCACAUGAUGGGAGUAGCUGGUGUAUUAGGUGCUGCGUUGCUUUGUGCAAUUCAUGGUGCUACAGUAGAGAAUACUCUAUUUGAAGAUGGAGAUGGUGCAAAUACUUUCCGUGCAUUCAACCCAACUCAAUCUGAAGAAACUUAUUCCAUGGUUACUGCGAACCGUUUUUGGUCUCAAAUUUUUGGGGUUGCUUUCUCCAACAAACGAUGGCUACACUUCUUUAUGUUGUUUGUGCCUGUAACUGGAUUGUGGAUGAGUGCUGUUGGAGUAGUAGGUCUUGCUGUAAAUUUACGAGCAUAUGACUUUGUUUCCCAAGAAAUUCGUGCAGCAGAAGACCCUGAGUUUGAAACUUUCUAUACUAAGAAUAUCCUUCUAAAUGAAGGUAUCCGUGCUUGGAUGGCGGCUCAAGAUCAGCCUCAUGAAAACCUUGUAUUCCCCGAGGAGGUUCUACCACGUGGAAACGCUCUUUAAUGGAACUUUGGCUGUAGGUGGUCGUGAUCAAGAGACCACCGGUUUUGCUUGGUGGGCUGGUAAUGCUCGACUAAUCAAUCUAUCUGGUAGGCUAUUAGGUGCUCACGUAGCUCAUGCAGGAUUGAUCGUCUUCUGGGCAGGAGCUAUGAACCUGUUCGAAGUAGCUCACUUCGUGCCAGAGAAACCCAUGUAUGAACAGGGUCUAAUCUUAUUACCUCACUUGGCUACCCUAGGUUGGGGUGUAGGGCCAGGUGGAGAAGUAGUUGAUACCUUCCCUUACUUUGUCUCUGGAGUUCUUCAUCUUAUUUCUUCUGCAGUAUUAGGAUUCGGUGGUGUAUAUCAUGCACUGAUUGGUCCAGAAACUUUAGAAGAAUCAUUCCCUUUCUUUGGCUAUGUAUGGAAAGACAAAAACAAAAUGACUACCAUCUUAGGUAUUCACUUGAUUAUCUUAGGCUUAGGUGCUUUCCUACUAGUUUUCAAAGCUUUGUGGUUUGGUGGUGUGUAUGAUACUUGGGCACCUGGUGGUGGAGAUGUUCGUAAGAUUACCAAUCCAACUCUUGAUCCUAGCGUUGUUUUUGGAUAUCUAUUGAAAUCUCCAUUUGGUGGAGACGGUUGGAUUGUCAGUGUAGAUAACUUAGAAGACAUUAUUGGUGGUCAUAUUUGGAUAGGUUUCAUCUGUGUCUUUGGAGGUAUUUGGCAUAUCUUAACUAAACCAUGGGCUUGGGCUCGCCGUGCAUUCGUAUGGUCUGGUGAAGCUUACCUUUCUUAUAGCUUAGGAGCUAUUGCAACAAUGGGAUUCAUUGCUUGCUGCUUCGUUUGGUUUAACAAUACUGCUUAUCCAAGUGAAUUUUAUGGUCCUACCGGUCCUGAAGCUUCUCAAGCUCAAGCUUUCACAUUCUUGGUGAGAGACCAACGUCUAGGUGCUAAUAUCGGAUCUGCUCAAGGACCUACAGGUCUAGGGAAAUACUUGAUGAGAUCUCCUACUGGAGAAAUUAUUUUUGGUGGAGAAACCAUGCGUUUUUGGGACCUUAGAGCUCCAUGGUUAGAGCCUCUAAGAGGACCUAACGGUCUUGAUCUAGCUAAAUUGAAAAAAGAUAUUCAACCUUGGCAAGAAAGACGUUCUGCUGAAUAUAUGACUCAUGCUCCUUUAGGUUCUUUGAACUCUGUAGGUGGUGUAGCUACAGAAAUUAAUGCAGUUAACUAUGUAUCUCCUCGUAGUUGGCUUUCUACUUCUCACUUUGUUUUAGGUUUCUUUUUCUUUGUUGCCCAUCUUUGGCAUGCAGGAAGAGCACGUGCUGCU